AUGGUUGGUGUGGAACAGGAGAUGAUCAUUGCUCCUCAGAAAACUGCGUGGAUACCUGUGACUUCAAACUUGAAUGUGACGCAAACAAUCCCUGUGAAUCUGGAUGCUGGUCCCGAUUUCUGCGGUAAAGAUGUCUGUGUUUCGGGAUGUGACUCGAAAGCCGAAUGCGAUCCUGGCUUUGGUUCUGAGUGGGCAACUAAAUCAAAGUGCCCUCUCAAUGUCUGUUGCUCUGAUUUUGGAUUUUGUGGCACGACCAAAGACUUUUGUGGAAAUAGCACUGUCAAGCAUCCAAGCUGUGACAAGAACAAGGCGACUCUAGACCGCGUGGUCGGGUACUACGAAGCCUGGGCCAGCCGUCGACCAUGCAAUGCUUUCUGGCCAGAGCAAAUCCCCUUGGGCGUCUAUACGCAUAUCAAUUUUGCAUUUGCUGCCAUCGAUCCAGAGACCUUUGAAGUCAGGCCCGACCAGACUGAGGAUCUUGACCUUCUCAUGCGAGUCACGCAGUUGAAAACCCUCGAUCCUGACCUUAAGGUCAUGAUUGCUCUCGGUGGUUGGACAUUUAAUGAUCCAGGACCAACCCAAUCGACGUUCUCUGAUAUCGCAAGGUCAAGGACAAACCAAGACAAGUUCUUCCGGUCUCUUAACUCAUUUUUGUCCACCCACAACUUGGAUGGAGUGGACCUUGACUGGGAAUACCCAUCUGCUGAUGAUCGCAAUGGCCGUGCCGAAGACUAUAAAAAUUUCCCGGAUUUCAUUGCGAACUUGAAAAGUGCACUCGCCGAAUCAGGCGGCCGAGAUGAGAUUUCCAUCACACUACCUUCAUCUUAUUGGUAUCUUCAGCACUUCGAUGUUGCUAAGCUUGAACCCUAUGUGAGCUUUUUCAACGUGAUGUCGUAUGAUCUUCACGGGAAAUGGGACUUGGGCAAUGAAUGGACAGGUGCCUACUUAGACGCCCAUACGAAUGUCACCGAAAUUGACAAGUCACUUGAGCUGCUCUGGCGCAACAAUAUUGACUCAUCGAAGGUCGUGCUUGGUCUCGCCUUCUAUGCACGAGCCUACACAUUGUCAGACCCUAACUGCGUCAAACCAGGCUGCGAGUUCGCAUCGGGUGCCAACAAAGGAAAAUGCAGUCGAGAAGUCGGAAUCUUGUUGAAUAGCGAGAUUGAUGAAAUUGUUGCUGAGAAAAGCCUGACGCCUACCUUUUACAAGGGUGCAGACGUUCAAGUCCUUAACUGGGAUGAUCAGUGGCUCUCAUAUGACGACGAAAAGACACUCAGACUUAAGACCGAGUACGCUUGCGGCUCUUGCUUAGGCGGCGUCAUGGUUUGGGCCAUCAGCCACGACACAAAGGAGGGAAACAAAGUCUCAGGCCUUUUCAAACGAAAGUCCGUCGCUUCUGACUCUGAUGAUGACACCUACAUCACCAAGAAAGAUAACCAUGCUCAAUGUAACUGGACGAAAUGCGGCGAGUAUUGUCCCGCCGGAUGGAAGAUGAUGACUCGUGACGAUGAAUGGAGGCACAGCAAAGGGGAAAUCAUGCUUGAUGACACUGCUUGCACUUCACCGCAUGCCCGUCGACUCUGCUGUCCUCCUAGCGAGAUAGCCCCAAGCUGUGGCUGGUAUUCCUUCAAAGGUGGUGCUUGCUAUGGUGAGUGUCCAUCAGGCUAUUCUGAAGUGGGAUCCAACAAGCGAGGCUGUCGAAGUGGCUACCAAGCCGCCUGUUGCACCACAGAAGACUCCAAUAAAAAGCUUCUGAAUUCCACCAGGCUGUUUGAGGCAUGCGAGUGGGCUGAAUCUCCCUAUUGCCAGGAGGGCAAAUGUUCAUUCGCCGGAUCAGCAUGGCCAACCGAGUUCACGAAUUCAACAACCGGCAGUGGCGCGGCUAUUUGCAACAUCGAUCCGGGCAGAACAAAACGCGACAAGAACCAUUAUUGGAAUUACAAGGCUGGACUCCGCAAAUAUUGCUGUGACACAUCCAACGAUGAUGCGACCUGGGGUACUUGCACGUGGAGAGCUGACAUCGAGAACAUUGGCACAAAGGGGAAGAGAUGUAUGCCGAAUUGCAAAGCCAAUGAGAUCAAGGUCGCCAUGGAGGGAGGCGAGGAAUGCUUUGGUAAAGGUGGCGGCGCCAGGAGCUAUUGCUGCACUGGAGUCUAUACAUCAAGCCACAAGGUUCUGAACCCUGAUCUAGCCGGCUAUGAUGCUGAUCUUUCUGGCUGGGUCAAUAAUCCAGUCUGCGAGAAGAGCUCAGGUCUUGAUCUUUAUGCCAGAUCAGACCAAAUCCCUAUUGGCAAAACCUCUCAUUACCUGGCCACAUUACAUGUUUUGGCCAUGAUUCUUCGUGGCUCUCUUUCUGGAACAGAUUCCACUACAGUCUCCGGACUGAAGAAGCUUUGGGAUAAGUACAUCCCCAACCACGAUGAUUGGGAGAACCUCACCACAGACCAAAUCUUGUCUUGGUUCGGUUCCGACACAAAUCCGACGGCAGCGCAAACUAGCCCUGAACUAUGGGCCCAACGCAUUUUGUGUAACCCCGCCGCCUACAGUGCGAUGUUCGACAAGAAGAAAAAGAGCCAUCCAAUUUGUGAUCAUUUCAACAUUCAACCCAAAGACUACUAUCCGGCAGAUGGAUCUUCUGGAAGUGUGGACGAUGGUACACUCACUAAGCGGCUGGCAGAGCGUCGGGCCCUUUUCGAACUUGAAGCUCGAGGGCCGGCAAAGACAAGGUCAUUCGCGUGCGAGACUGGAACGAAAAAGAGACUCAUCAAGUAUCAGAGCCAGCCAUAUCCCAGUGUUGGUGACUGGCCCAACGACGCGGAUCAAGUCGAAACUGCCAGGGACUUGGAAGACUAUGAUCACUGCCAUACAUCGGCAAUGGGGACUUAUAAUCUUGGAGGAGAUCGCCUCAACUACGCAACCGAACACAUUUUUGAAAUCGAAUCAGUCGGGAUGUUUUGGCAGUGGGCGGCCCAGAAUGCCAACUUCGCAAAUAUUGACUGCAACUUUGUCGCUGAGUUCUUUAACAAAAAGGUCCUCGAUAACCCCACAGACCUGCCUGGACUCGAUGCUUCUCACCAAGCCAUUCCUAUGCAACGAGUAAUGGAGCAACUCGGAAGCGAAGAGAGAACCCAUAACUUUGUUAUCUUGCAUAAAUCCAUCAACCUCAAUAAAGCGCAGUUGUGGAGCCAUGGCAGACCCAGAAACGAUGAUUCCUGGGCUGAUUACGUGAGGGACGACCUGCCAAAAGCCAUCGAGUUGAUCCGCGAUAGUGUUGCUGUCUAUAAUUACAUGAAAACCCCCGACAUUUGGGAGAAGUUCAAGGCAAUCAACGUGGACGUGCGAGCGGAAAUGGAACUUGCCCAGACUCAAUACAAGAAAACCCACGGUAAAGACGUCGCUUUGGUGGAAUGUUAUGAUGCUUGGGUUGAACAUCAGUUGAGUUCCUUCGUUAGCGAUGGUAAGACAUGGGUCGAUGGUGCGAUUGAGAAGGUCGAGACAGAUUGGAAGCCAACGGAAAGUCAGGAGGACGAUCCGCUGGGUCAUGAGAACUUCCGGGCAUUGCAAGAGAUAUUGGAUAUCUUGAAGCAAGACGCGACAGAAAUCGAUUUGAGCAACUUUAAGCUUGAGGACUCUGACGAUUCCGAUGACUCGAUGGAUGACGCCGACGGCGGUGGCGACGGCUCGAUAGAUACCUCGGAUGGUUGA